AUGAGGACAGUCAAUUUAGCAUUAGGACUUGCGACUGUUGUCGAUAUAGCAUAUGGCCAGACUACCGGGCGCUAUUGCGAUGGAGAAACUUCAAUAUGCUAUUCGGGAUGGACUGGUACCAAUGGCAUCACGUUCGGCAUCGCUUUACCUAAGUCGGGAGCUGCACCUUUCGAUACAGUCUUGCAAAUCGUGUCACCUGUCAAGAAUGGAUGGGUAGGGUUUAGCUGGGGAGGGACGAUGCCAUAUGUCCCACUCACAGUCGGAUGGAUGAAUAGUGGAUCGAACACGUCCAUCUACAGUUCGAGAAUGGCUUUCGGCUUGAGUCUACCACAGCCGUAUGCUGAUGCUGAUUACUCGUACAUCAAAGGAACCGGGUACAACGCGACUCACUGGACUUUGACUGUACGGUGUAAGGGCUGCUCACAAUGGCAUGAUGUAGACGGAAACUUGGUUUCGAUUGACGCGAAUGCAUCUGCGCAAAAAUUCGCCUACGGCUUGUCAAGCAAAUUGCCCGCUCAACCGGCGAACAACAGGUCUACCUUCAACGUGCAUAGCUCGUUUGGCAACUACAAAAUCGAUCUCAAGCAAGGUCAAAACGCAGACUUUGACAAGCUAGUCACCGCAAAUCUCGUCCAUGAUACUCCACCAAUAUCAAGCAGCGCCCUAGUAUCCACCUCAACUAUCAGCGUACGGCCAACGACUAUGAGUACCAGUACAGUUUCUGUGACUUUACCGGUACCAACAACAACUGAAAUACCCUUGUCCUGUCCUGACGUUAGCAAACUUGCAUUUCCAAUAAACACCGCGAAAGGAUGGAAGGCUACAAAGGUUGCAGGAGGACUGACCCAGCCGAGAGGACUCAUCUUUGACACUUUGGGUAAUCUUCUCGUCGUGCAAAAUGGUAUGGGAAUCACGGCUCACAAAGUUACGUCAAACGGCUGCCUCAGUUCGUCCAAGACCAUCAUCUCUCAGCGGAAUCUCAACCAUGGUAUUGCGCUUAGUCACGAUGGAAAGACGCUAUACGCUAGCUCUGCGACCUCGGUGUUUUCAUGGACAUACGACGCAGCUACCCUGAGUGUAUCGGAGAACUCGACAACAGUCUUGACUGGCAUGGACAGUAGAGGGCAUGUUACACGAACGCUUUCAAUUCCACCAAAGUACCCGCAUCUCCUCAUCGUAUCUCAUGGAUCAAACGACAACUUCGACUACGGCUCGGCGGAUAUGAAGACUGGUCGAUCAUGCAUCAAGGUAUUCGAUACCACGGCAGUUCCUACAGAUGGCUACGACUACCCAACCGGUGGCUAUCAGAUGGGUUACGGACUUCGUAAUGAAGUCGGCCUAGCAUUCGAUGCUGAUGGCAUGCUCUGGGGUGUCGAGAACUCUUCCGAUGAGCUUCAUCGUAUUAUCAACGGGGUAUCUGUGGACAUCCACACGGACAACCCAGCUGAUGAGAUCAAUUACCUUGGAGACCCAUCUAAAGAGAAUACGAAUUGGUAUGGGUACCCGACCUGUUACACCGUCUUCAACCCAGACUCGAUUACAGACAAAAAGUUCGCAAUAGGCGAUCAGUUCGUUUUGGAGCCCAACGCAACCUUCUCAGAUGAUACGUGUAAAACGAAUAGUAUACCGCCUCGUCUCGCUCUUCCAGCCCAUUCUGCACCUCUCGACGCGACUUUUGACCGCAACUACACGAGUAUGUAUAUCACCAUCCACGGAUCAUGGAACCGCAGUCCUUCAGUUGGAUAUAAGAUUAUCGAGGUUCCGUUUGCAAAGGGAGCGAGUGGCUUCGGACCAAAGGCGGCAUUAAACAGUACGCAGGCUUGGACUGAUAUCUUCUGGAACCCCGAUGUGGAUCAUUGUUCAACUACACAGUGCUUCAGACCCGUGAGUAUUGCGCAGGAUAGAUAUGGGAGGAUGUAUAUUACUAGUGAUAGUGGUGAAGAAGGAGAGAUGAUUAUCCUGGGGAAGGAGUAA